AUGGGAAAUUCAAUACCUUUCAGCACAGGUACUAUCCAAAUAGAAAAAAAAAUUGGUGAAGGUGGUUUCAGUCAGGUAUAUGUUGGAAAAGAUCAUUUUGAAAGAAAAGUAGCAGUUAAAGUAAUGGGAUUUAGUUCAAAAGAUACUUUACAAAGAAUAGAAAAUGAGAUUAAAAUACAUAAGAUUGCAAGUGAAAGUCGUUUUGUAAUAAAAUUACUUGAUUCUAUUAUUCUUCAGCAACAACAUCAAAUUGCUAUUGCAAUGGAGUUUUGUAGUGGAACUCUUGUUAAUGAAAUGGAACAUUGUUAUCCAUCAACAAUUGGAACAAAUAAAAUAAGAGAUGUAAUGUUAUGUGUAAGUGGUUCAUUAGCUUAUUUACAUAGUAAAGGUUAUUGUCAUCGUGACAUCAAAAUUGAAAAUGUAUUAAUUUUUAAUGGAGAAUAUAAACUCACUGAUUUUGGUAGUGCUAUUCCUACAUCUACUUAUCUUACUCGUAAACAAGGUGAUGCUAGCGAAGUUGAAGAAGAUAUAGAAAAACACACAACUCCUGAAUAUCGAUCUCCUGAAAUGGUAAAAGUGUAUAAUUAUAAUACAAUUGGAGAUAAAGCUGAUGUUUGGGCAGCAGGAUGUUUAUUGUACAAAUUAGAAUUUUUUGUUACUCCUUUUGAUGGUAGUCCAAUGAAAAUUAUAAGAGGAAGCUAUGAUUUACCCAAACCAAUUGAAGACACUGAAAAAAAUUGGUUAGAAAAUACUCUUGAAAUUGACCAAAAUAAAAGGUGGAAUUCUCAAGAUCUUUUCAAUGCUGUUAAAACAAAUUCUAUUGUACCUAAACAACAUCUAAAAGAACAAAUUACAAUAACUGAAAAACAAGUUUCCAAACAACCAAGUGAUACUAAUAAUGAUGAUAAUAAAACAAUGUUUAUUAGAAGAAGUUCUUUUGGAUCUUCUACAUCAAAAACUAGAAUAAUGGGUAUUACUGAAAAAACACAAAAAGAAAAGCCUUUAAUUAGUUUUGAUGAUCAAAAAGAAAUAGAUAAAUCAAAUAUUGUUAGAAAUAUUUGUUCAUUAUAUGACCAACCUAAAACUCCUAUUCAACCAUCUCCAUCUCCUGUUUUUGACUCAUCAAUAUUACAAAAUUCAAUAAAUCAAGAUAAAAAGGAUUAUAUGUCAUUAUACAAUCUUUCUGUUCCAUAUAAUAAUUAUGAAAAUCCAUUAAGUUUUAGUCCUAAUCAAUCUUGUGGUUAUUAUAAUGGAAGUGUUACUCCAAAUAAUUGGUAUCCUCGACAAUUAUAUCAGCCUCAACCUGGAACAUGUCCAGUAACACCACCUUCUCAAUCAAAAAGAAAUAUACCAAAUUUAUAUUCUCCAGAAAUUCCUGUUGUUGUACAACCACCAGAAAAAGUUGAUAUUUUUGCACAACUUGAUACAAAACCAAAACGAGGACUUCAUAGAACAACUUCAAGUUCUUCCAAUAUUUUUUCAUUUGAUGAAAAUGCAUUUUAA